AGCUAUAUCCGGUUGGAAAUACGAAAACUUCCGGUGAACUUCCUGGUUUUGUUUGCAUAGCGGCUAACUUGGCUAGCUAUGUCAUUUCCAACUAUUUAAAACGCUCUUUGUAUGUCCGUGAGUCAAACUGUGUUGGAAACGUUAAAACGCACUCUCUCGUCGACAAGACCUGCAAUGGCUUGCUCUUAGUCAUGCAAGUAACGUUAGUUGAAAUGUAGUAACUGUUAGCUAACGGCUAACUUGACAGCUAAUGUAGCUAGGAUAGGAAUAGGAUGUGCUGUUAGGAAGUUAGCCAGCCAACACUGAUUAUGUUUCUGCUUAUUCGUCUGUUAUGCUUCUACUUGUUUUAAAUAACUUCUGCGCUAUGGACACCGAGGGAAUAGAGAUCCGUAUAAAGACUCCCGUCGGGGAUAUGGACUCAUCCGUGGACUGCCCAUCACUUUUGAGCUUCAAUGACUUGUUGGUCGCUAUAAGGGAUGUCAUGCCCGAAACCACAAUCACUGCGUUUGAAUAUGAGGAUGAGGUGGGCGAUAGAAUCACUGUGAGGAGUGAUGAAGAACUCAAAGCCAUGUUGUCAUAUUACUGCAAUAAUGUGAAGGAGCAGCGGAUGAAUGGCCUACUGCCUGAGCCUCUCCAGAUAUUUCCUCGAGCCGGCAAGACUCCAGGGAUCCGGAACAUACACGGCCUGAAGGUGAACACAAGGCCCAAUGACUGUUCCCCCGCCGCCAUCGGCUCUAUGCCCAACAAUAGUCCCAGUCUAAAGAAGUCCUCCGCAGAGCUAAAGAAGAUUUUGACUAAUGGACAGAUCAAUGGCCAAGACAUACAAUACCAGGAGCAGCUUGGCCAUGGAAACGGAGGGACCGUGUACAAAGCGUACCAUCUUCUCGGCAACAGAGUGUUGGCGGUGAAGGUCAUUCCUCUGGAUAUCACAGUGGAGCUACAGAAACAGAUCAUGUCCGAGUUGGAGAUCCUCUACAAGUGUGAUUCCUCCUACAUCAUAACCUUCUACAGUGCCUUCUUUGUGGAGAACAGGAUCUCCAUAUGUACAGAGUAUAUGGACGGUGGCUCUCUGGACGUAUACAGGAGGAUCCCAGAACAUGUGUUGGGUAGGAUCUCUGUGGCGGUUGUGAAAGGCCUAACCUAUCUAUGGAGCCUGAAGAUUCUUCACAGAGACGUCAAGCCUUCCAACAUGCUGGUCAACACUAGAGGUCAAGUGAAGCUCUGUGACUUUGGAGUCAGCACGCAGUUGGUGAAUUCCAUCGCCAAGACGUAUGUGGGAACUAACGCCUACAUGGCACCGGAGAGGAUAUCUGGGGAGCAGUAUGGUAUCCAUUCAGACGUCUGGAGCGUGGGCAUCUCCUUCAUGGAGUUGGCACUGGGCGCUUUCCCCUAUCCACAGAUUCAGAAAAACCAAGGAUCUUUAAUGCCUCUCCAGUUACUGCAAUGCAUCGUUGAUGAGGAGCCUCCUGUUCUUCCUGUGGGUCAGUUCAGCCAGAAGUUUGUCCACUUCAUCACACAGUGCAUGAAGAGACUCCCCAAAGAGAGGCCUGCUCCUACCAACCUUAUGGACCAUGCCUUCAUCCUGCUCUACGAUGAUGGCAAUGCGGAGGUGGUGUCCAUGUGGGUGUGUCGCUGCCUAGAGGAGAGGAGAGCCCAGGCUCAGGGACAGAUGUGACCCCGUAAACACAGGAGAUCAAGUUAUAGCGGUCAAGGGUAUCAUGUAGGGCCAGGAUGAUACCAGUAUCUCUAUACUCGUUAAUAUCGUGGCAAAGAAACAAAACACCAAGCGCUUUUAACUUCGUAAGGAAAACAGUCCUGAUGUUGGAAACAAAACAUUAUGAUGUCAUCCAGAGUCACAUGUAUUUAUUUUUUAUCUAUAGCUCACAAUAUUUUACAUACAACAGGUGUUUAAAGGACUGAAAGAGUUUGGUCUGCUUUGUGUUUUCAUUUUUGCCAUAGAAACAAUAUUGCGAUACUGGUAUGGUCCCGGCCCUAAUAUCAUGCCCCAAUCUCUCUGGACUUUCACCAUUCGUGAACCCCAGGAGUGGACAGUAAACAUCAAAGACACGGUUUCUAAAACGUAUUGAAGACGUCCAUGGUGUAAAGAGGGCGUCUGUACGUCCAACUUCAGUAAGCCAAGAGGAUACUGGAUCUUUACAACUGAACGUUCGUUACAAGUGGAACUUUGUUAUCUGGGCACUUGGCAUGUUGACUGAUGUCUUGAUGGUGUCUCCUGGCGACUCUUACACUCCAAACCUGGCUGUGUGUUGACGCUGCUUUAUCAAUGAAUUUACAAGUGAGUGGGACUUAUUCCGUGACUGUUUGCCUACUUAGUUAUGUCUAACUCAGAGAGGCUUUAGACAGAAUGUCAGAGUAAGUGAUCAACGAUGAGAUGGGGCUUGAAAACCCAAAUGGCUUUACAAUAACAAAUAAGUGCUAUUUUCCAGGAUGACGCUCGGAUAACCUGUUACACUUUAUUGUUGGCAGCUUUCUAGUGAAUGUGGAGGUGUGGCGGUGUGUACGGCAGUAACCCAUGUGUGUGUACGGCAGUAACCCAUGUGUGUGUGCGGCAGUAACCCAUGUGUGUGUGCGGCAGUAACCCAUGUGUGUGUGCGGCAGUAACCCAUGUGUAUGCACGGCAGUAACCCAUGUGUGUGUCGGUAUGUACGGCAGUAACCCAUGUGUGUGUGCGGCAGUAACCCAUGUGUGUGUCGGUAUGUACGGCAGUAACCCAUGUGUGUGCCGGUAUGUACGGCAGUAACCCAUGUGUGUGCCGGUAUGUACGGCAGUAACCCAUGUGUGUGUACGGCAGUAACCCAUGUGUGUGCCUAAUGUUUUUACAAUGACGCUUCUGUGACAUUACUUUACCUCAUCGAGAUACACUAUAUAUAUACGAAAGUAUGUGGACACCACUUCAAAUUAGUGGAAUUGGCUAUUUCAGCCACACUCGUUGCAGACGGGUGUAGAAAGUUGAGCACACAGCCAUGCAAUCUCCAUAGACAAACAUUGGCAAUAAAAUGGCCUUACAGAGGAGCUUAGUGAAUUUCAACGUGGCACUGUCAUAGGAUGCCACCUUUCCAACAAGUCAGUUUGUAAAAUGUCUGCCCUGCUAGAGCUGCCCUGGUCAACUGUAAGUGCUGUUAUUGUGAAGUGGAAACGUCUAGGAGCAACAACGGCUCAGCGGCAAAGUGGUAGGCAAUACAAGUUCACAAAAUGGGACCGGCAAGUGUUGAAGCGCGUAGUGUAAAGAUCAUCUGUCCUCAGUUGCAACACUCCCUACCGAGUUCUAAACUGCCUUUGGAAGCAACGUCAGCACAAUAACUGUUUUGUCGCGAGCUUCAUGAAAUUGGUUUCCAUGGCCAAGCAGCCAUACACAAGCGUCGGCUGGUGUAGUGUAAAGCUCGCCGCCAUUGGACUCUGGAGCAGUGGAAACACGUUCUCUGGAGUGAUGAAUCACACUUCACCAUCUGGAAGUCCGACAGACAAAUCUGGGUUUGGCGGAUGCCAGGAGAACGCUACCUGCCCCAAUGCAUAGUGUCAA